AAACAAAAUUUCGUAACACUUUUCUUCACAAAUCCUGACUUGUUCACCUUGUAUCUUGCCCUCCAUAAUAACAACAGAAUGAGACUAUCGUAUAACCUGCUCAGUGUUGCUUCACUGGUGGGUGAUGUGCUGGCCGACGGAGCAGCCAUUGCCACUGCGCUCAACACCAUCAACUCCGAUACGGCAUCUCUCAACUCGACCGUAGCUUCAUGGUCGGGUGACUUGCUCGGUGCACUACCUAUCACUGUCAAGUCCACGUCACUCCUAGUCAAUAUCAAUAACGCCACCAAGACUGCAGACGCUUCUGCGGCACUAACCGAUCUUGAGACCUUGAACGUUGCUAUCAUUACCGCCGGCUUGAUCACAGACACCAACUCGACUCUUAGACAAAUCGUGGCAGCUAAGCCAAAGUUCGACAAGUUGUUGCUUGGCCCUGUAAUUUACUUGACCUUGGCAACGCAGAAGGAUGCCAGUCAAAAGUUGAGCGCGGCUAUUGCGGACAAGGUACCAAAGACAUUCAAGGAAGCGGCAGAAGCUCUGGGCGCACAAUUGGAUGCGUCUUUCAGUGAGGCACUGGAUAACUACUCUCUUCUAUAAGGAGGGUACUUUAGCCAUCCAAACCAAAAAAAAAAAAAAAAAAAAAAA